AUGAGAGACAACGUCAAUAACGCCUUGGAAACGAGAGUGGCAGCAGCAGCAACAGCAGCAACAACAGCAGGAGCAGCAGCAACAACAGCAGCAGCAACAGAAACAGCAGCAGCAGCAGCAACAGAAAAGCAACAACAGCAGCAGCAACAGAAACAGCAGCAGCAGCAGCAACAGAAACAGCAGCAGCAGCAGCAGGAGCUCGGGCUCCCCAGUGGGGCCGCUGCAGCAGAGGGGGCCCCGCAGACAAAAAGCAGCAGCAACAGCAGCAACAACAACAGCAGCAGCAACAACAACAGCAGCAGCAGCAACAGAAACAGCAGCAACAGAAACAGCAGCAGCAGCAGCGGCAGCAGCAACAGCAGCAGCAGCAAACAACAGCAGCAGCAACAGAAACAGCAGCAGCAGCAGCAACAGAAACAGCAGCAGCAGCAGCAGCAGCAGCAACAGCAGCAGCAACAGCAGCAGCAAACGGGGGGUCGAGAACAGAAGAGGAGCUCACUCAAGAGCCUCCAUGCUGCCCACGGGCACGCCGGCUGUCUGCGGGGUUGUUACCCCUCACCAACACCAGCAGCAGCAGCAGCAGCAGCAGCAGCAGGAACAGCAGCAGCAGCAGGAGCAGCAGCAGCAGCAGCAGAAAGAGAAGCAGAGAAAAAGUUUUUUUUUCUAUCAACUGGGUGCUGCAGGGGCUUCGCUGUCUCUCCCCUCAGACCCCACAUACACCGCGGGGUUCUGUACCCGCGCGUGCCGCAGCCGUAUAUUCUCGUUGUGCUGCUGCGCUCUGUCUCGGGUGUAGGCACAGCGGGGCAGCUGGUGUAUGUACGCCGCGGCUUCUUCAGACACCACCUGGCUCGCUCAGGAGCAGCAGCAGCAGCAAACUGGCAAAAUAUAGAUGCUGUCUUGCAGCAACUACAGCAGCAGCAGCAGCAGCAGCAGCUGCUGCAGCAGCAGCAGCGGCAGCAGAUGAGGCGUGAUGAAAGGUCUGGGGAGAGUACAGGACCUCCUCCUCCUGCUGCUGCUGCUGCUGCUGCUGCUGCUGGUGCUGCUGCUGGUUCUAUCAGCAGCAGCAUGGGAGCAGCAGAAGCACCAGCAGACGAUGGGGGUGCUGCACUGGGUUGGGUGCGGCGGCUGCAGCUGCGCGUAGCAGCAGCAACAGAGGAGACAGACGAAUCCCUGCUGCUGCAGCCUUUGUCUCCUCUUUAUAUUUUACAUAAACUAUCAACAGAGCAUGGCCUAGAUAUUCUCCCCACAGACAUCAGGCUGCUGUCCUGCAGGCUGCAGCAGCAGCAGCAGCAGCAGCAGCAGCAGCAGCAGGGGGAGGAGCAGGAGGGGGGGGAGGAGGGUUGGGUUGAGAAGCAGCUGGGGGGGGUCCCGCUGCUGCCUAUACACCGCGUUGGGGUGUAUACGCUGCUCUGUGUUCUCCCCGGGCGCAUGCAGCCUCUCAGCCGCUCCUGCACUCUGCAUGUGGUGUCUAGCACUAAACACUCUAUGUCAGUUGCGGCGUUUAGGGUUUAG